AUGGCUGUGGCACAGGAUGGGAACGGAAACAUAUUUCCGAUAGCGUUCGCAUUGGUUGAAAGUGAAACAAAGGAAGCCUGGAGUUUCUUUCUUAAGAAUUUGAGAAUGCAUGUUACCCCCCAAGCAAACCUAUGCCUAAUAUCAGACAGGCAUGAAUCAAUAAAGAGUGCAUACAACAACCCGGAAAAUGGAUGGCAGUUUCCUCCUUCAUCACACGUCUAUUGCAUCAGACAUAUCGCGCAAAACUUCAUGCGGGAGAUUAAAGACAAGGAUCUGCGGAAAAUGGUUGUUAACAUGGGUUAUGCAUUAACAGAGGCAACGUUUAACUACUACCGGGGGGAAAUCCGAAGAACAAACAACAACGCUUUAUCAUGGAUAGACAACAUCCCUCGCGAGAAGUGGGCAAGGGCAUUUGACGGAGGGCAACGCUGGGGUCACAUGACAACUAACCUAGCAGAAGCAAUGAACGCCGUGUUGAAAGAAACCCGGAACCUUCCAAUCAUUGCGUUGGUCAAAUCUACGUACUAUCGUUUAGGAUCACUAUUUGGUAGAAGAGGCCAUCAGUGGACAAAAAUGUUAGCCUCUGGGCAGGUUUUCACUGAUAACUGCAACAAGGGGAUGGCUGAGGAAGUCAUCAAAGCUAACACGCAUAACGUCAUGCAGUUCGACCGAGAGAGAUUUUAUUUCAUGGUCCAAGAGAAGAUUAAUCAUAACGACGGUCGACCAACCGGAACGUUCAGCGUUGAUCUAAGGAAACAACACUGUGACUGUGGGAAAUUUCAGGCAUUUCACUUACCUUGCUCUCAUGUAAUCGCAGCAUGUUCGAGCAUACGCCAGGACUAUUCCAUUCACAUUCCAGACGUCUUCAAAAUUCGUAACGUCUUCAAGGUCUAUCAGGAGAGUUUCCUAGGACUUCCCCAUGAGGAGAAUUGGCCACAAUAUGAAGGAUAUACUCUUUGCCACGACGACUCUAUGAGAAGGAGGAAGAAAGGGCGCCCAAACAGCACCAGGAUUAGAACCGAGAUGGACGACGUUGAGAAGGAGAAGAGAAGGUGUGGAAUUUGUCGCGAAAUAGGACACAUGCGUAGGAAAUGUCCUAAUGUUGCAGGAUCAUCCCAACGACCUUCCAGAUGA